AUGUAUAAAUAUGUGUCAACUCAAGGAAGUCAGAUUUGCACGAAUAGUGUGUUGGAUUACACUACUCAAUUCACAACUGAACAGGUAUUCAAAAGUAAGGAAAAAUUGCUCAAUUGGAUACGUGAAGUUGGAAAGAGAAAUGGUUUGGUCAUUGUAUUCAGAAGUAAGGAUAAAUUGCUCAAUUGGGAACGUGAAGUUGGAAAGAGAAAUGGUUUGGUCAUUGUAAUCAAAACAUCAAGAAUAACCGGUAUAAAAAAGUGUGGUUGUCCUUUUGAUAUAAGGGCUCACAGGUUUACCACACAUGAUGAAUGGACAUUGACCGUAGUAUGCGGAUUACAUAACCAUCCACCUGCGGAGCACCUUGAGGGACAUUCAUAUGCGGGGAGGCUGUCAAAGGAUGAGAAAGCAUUGUUAAUGGAUAUGUCAAAGAGCAUGAGUAAGAGAGCCAAUUCCAUUGGUAUUGAUGCUAAAGCUUGUGGAUGCCUCCUUCGCCACACUCAUGGUUUACCUUGUACCCAUGAGAUUGCUUACUACAUCAAAUAA